CAGUCGGAUACCAGCAUCUCCCCGUCGUGGACAUUCUUCUUGCCUUCAGCGAUCCCAGCGCUUUUCGGCUGAUCGAGGACACAUGGGGCGAACCGCCAUGUACGUGUACGUAUCUUCCCUUUGCUUCCACCGCACUUUUUUUUUGACAUGUCUUCGUACCUUUGCUUUCGCCCUGCUCUUCACCUACUCGGCUCCAUUUCCUCUUUACCCCUUGUUCUCGUCGAUUUUGCCAUCCCAGUCUCUACACACACACAUACACACACAUUCGCUCAUUUGCCACACACACACACACACUCACAUUCACAGUCAUUCCGUCGAAUGCAAUGGACAUCUCUCCGUCACUAUCCGCUCUUUCUGUGUGAUGUUUGAAGUGAGGCGAGAAGGACAAGGGAAGUAGUGCUGCACUGCACCUGGGGUACCGUUUUGGUUGGGGUCAGCGCAAGGCAUUUGAGCCGCGGAAGGGGAAUGGGGUGUUGGCUCGAGCGUCGGAAGAAGGCACUUGGCCGGUUCCGCCUGUUGCCUCUACAUCCAGACGACGUAGUAGUAGUCAUCCUACCCAUCUCCCUCCUCUGUGGUUGCCCUCGAGAGCUCCUUGACUCACAGCCAUCU